AGAAGAGGGCAUCAGAUCCCAUUACAGAUGGUUGUGAGCCACCAUGUGGUUGCUGGGAAUUGAACUCAGGACCUUUGGAAGAGUAAUCAGUGCUCUUAACCGCUGAGCCAUCUCUCCAGCCCCGUUAUUAGCAUUUUCUAGGCUGGAGUCCUUACUAGAGAUAAUAGGUGUAGUGGGGGCAUGUAGCGAUUUGGGGAUUGGAGCCCCUAUGGGGAUUCUGUUCAUUCCUGGCUCCUAAAACAGGGCUCACACUGGCUGACGUCUCAGAGAUCAGGUUUUGGAGACUAACUAUAUCUUCUAGAUUCUCUGGGUUAAAAUCUGAGUAACUACCCUUUCCUUGCUGUUUUCUUUCCUCUCUGUCUCCCUCUCCCUUUCUUCUUGAGGUAGGGUCUCUUGUAGGCCAGCCUGACCUCAAAAUUACCAUGUACCUAAGUAUUGUGUGACUGUGUCCCUAGAGAGACAAUCUAUUUGUCCCAGAUAGAGAACUGAUGGUAGACUAAAGGAUACAUAUCUAAGUCCAACUUGGAGAAGCAAUGAGUUUAAUUGGGUUACUUACAGGGAUAUGGGUGAGGGGCUGCGUACAGAAGCAGAAAUGACUCAAAGACGGCUGCAUCACCGAAAGCCACUCCAGUAUGAGUGACAGUUUAUGAAAGCUGGAAAUGAGGAGCACACUGCACAGCCUGCGGACAACUGGGCAGAUCAGAGGGGCUUCCAGCCAGCUCAGCUUGUCUGAGAGUGUCUCUCAAGCAGUCCUGACUGCUUAAAUAUGCUUGGGGGAGAAGGGGUCUAGUACACCUGCUCAGUUUCAGGGAUUUCCUGAAGCCUUUGAGUUGUUUACUUCCUGAGCUUAAGGAACUUUCCUGAAGGGGAGAAUGUUUGAUCUCCCUGCAGAACCGGCUGUGUGACCUUUCUAUCAUGAAACACUCAGAAUUCUGAAUAGGACUUUGGGUUAUGAUCCUCCCCAGAAAUCCUUCACUGCACUUUCUGUACUACAGGAGCCAGGCCACUGGUACAGACACUUCUGGCUCAGUCCCAAGUCCUGUAACCAACACAUAUGACAUCAUUAACAACAGGGUCUUACCAUUCAGUUUUGGAAUGUUGCUGACAGCAGUGGUAAAUAGCCCUAUUGUUCUAGAGGCUUCCCUGACCAGCAACUCUAAGGAAGUAAUCCACCCUUACUACUAGGGGGUUAUAUUUAUUUAUUUUUGAAACAGGGUUUCAUGGUCAGCCCCAGGUGACCUGAAACUCAGAGAUCUGCCUGCCUCUGCCUCCCAACAAAGGCACACAGGCCCAUGCCACCACAUCCGGCUUUCUCCCCUACCCCCCCCCCUCUUUUUUUUUUUUGAGUCCUGAUCUUGGCUCUCCUGGAGCUCACGAUGAAAAUCAAGCUGGCCUCGAACUCAGAGAUCUACCUGCAAGUGUGUGGAUUAAAGGCAAACAUCACCAUGGCCAGCCUAUCCUCUGCUUUUUGAGGUACACCUAUUCUGGCUUUGGAAGCUGAUUGGAGAUCUGUGUAGACUUUUGGCGUCAUCGUGUGUGAUAUACGAGUGAAGUGUGGACGCUGUGUUUGAGCAACGUGAAGGUUUCCUACUGGGAUGGAGUUACCACGAAUAUAUCACGAGGUUGCCCAGCUGGAAGAGAGGAUACCCGGCUAGUGUGGACUCCAGCAGUGAUCUAUUUUCCUUUUCUGAAGGUGAGAACAAGGAGACAGACAGACGUUGCUGGAAACACCAGCACUGUCCCGGGCAUACCAUCCACCCCUUCUCGGACUGUGGCCAUCACAACAGAUGUAUGCAUGCUGUCAGCCAAUGCGACUGUGAAUCUAGGUGUAGAAGCCACAGGCCUGUCUCUGUGGCAAUAAUUUACCAUCCCACCCACCAUAUGUAUAUGACAGAUGACGAUCUGGAAGAGAACUGGGUUUCCAGGAAAAAUCAUUUAAGUCCCAGUGCCAGACCUCCUGACCCAAACACAGGGUCAGCCACUGAGGUUCCUGACUUAUCAGUGCCCAUCACUAUCUGGCGUUCUGAAAGUCCCAUAGAAAAGUGUCAGGAAAGCAACGUCAUCAAGGAUAUAAAGAGAAAGGAGAAAGAGCAAGAUGAGGAGGAGAUGGUGGAUGAAAAGGCAAACUUGAAGAAAAAAGCCAAGGGCAAGUUAACUAAGAAGAAAACCCCAGUGAAGUCGGAGUCUUCCCCUGCUGAUCUGAGCCAAUCCGUAAGAGGACCCGUGAGGACACCAGAGUCUAGCCCAGAAAGCCCGGGAGGGCUGGAGAGCGAGUACAGUUGUGAACGGGGUAAAGAAAGGCCCUCUAGUGAAGAUGUUGUAGAGUCAUUGUCCCCCAGAAAGAAAGAGAAGACAUCAUCUGGCCAGGCCAAAAAGAAUGGGACAAAGAAAGAAACCCAGAAAACGAGCAAGAGAAAAAAAUCUUCCCCAGUGCCCAACCCCAAUCUCAGCUGAGGCAAACAGAGUGAAUAAUAAAUCAAGCCUGUAACUGACCCUACCGCUAUUCUCUGCCUUCAACAGGGCCUCUUAUGGGAGGGGCUCCAGGGAUCCUUUAAGGGUAACCCUGCUUUCAAGGAGGAAGUCUAUGUCUAUGGAAAGUUAAGUAGGAGGGAGAGAGAACAACUCUCAGGACUAGGUGGGAGAAUCUAUUUGGGAAGUGGGUAGGGGGUGGGAGAACAGUGUUGUCACAUGCAUUCUGUGGUGGCCAGCACUACGAAAUGCUACCUUCAAUAAACUGAACCUGCCACUCA